GCAGGGGAGCAGAGGGCAUUAUUCCAGGGUGAAGGAAGGAAGCAAAAAUAGACUUGACACACAAGUAUUGCAGAAAGCUUCUAAAGGGGGAAUUUGAAUUCUCCGCAGGCGGCGGGGGCUGCGCUGCGGGGGGUGUCACCCGAGCCGCUCCCUGCCCCGCGCCCGGACCCUCCGCACGGCUCCUCCCCGGCCCCGGCCCCGAGGAGAGACGGAAUGCACCGGGCAGGGAGCUAGUGAAAACAUACGGGCUCAGAAAAUGGAGCUGCAGUAAUUUUCUGGAAGAAUUAAGUUGGAGGAAUUGAUCAUUAUUUUUGAUGUGAAGACUUCAUCAUUGACAUCUACAUGUUCAUUUGUUAGCCUCCAAGAAAUAAUACAGCACAUCAGUGGCAAUAACUGCUUUUGAUAUACAGUGACAUUUAUUUGAAAAAACAAACAAAACAAAACAAAAAAAACAAACCAACAGACAAAACCCAACAAACCUUUUGAAGACUUGUGUCAAAUGACGUCAAUGGCCAGUUUGUUCUCCUUUACUAGCCCAGCUGUAAAGCGUCUGUUGGGCUGGAAACAAGGAGAUGAAGAAGAAAAAUGGGCAGAAAAAGCUGUUGAUGCUUUGGUUAAAAAGCUGAAAAAGAAAAAAGGUGCUAUGGAAGAACUGGAGAAAGCCUUGAGCAGUCCAGGACAGCCCAGCAAGUGCGUUACUAUCCCACGCUCUUUAGAUGGACGACUGCAAGUUUCUCACAGAAAAGGUCUUCCCCAUGUAAUUUACUGUCGUGUUUGGCGUUGGCCUGAUCUACAAAGCCAUCAUGAGCUGAAGCCAUUGGAUAUUUGUGAAUUUCCUUUUGGAUCUAAACAGAAGGAAGUCUGCAUCAAUCCAUACCACUAUAAGAGGGUGGAGAGCCCAGUUCUACCUCCAGUGUUAGUGCCUAGACAUAGUGAAUUCAAUCCCCAGCACAGUCUACUAGUUCAGUUCAGGAACUUAAGCCACAAUGAACCACAUAUGCCACACAACGCGACCUUUCCAGAUUCUUUCCAGCAGCCCAACAGCACUCCAUUCUCCAUUUCACCAAACAGUCCCUAUCCGCCUUCUCCAGCCAGCAGCACUUACCCAAGCUCCCCAGCCAGCUCUGGGCCAUCUAGUCCAUUUCAGCUACCAGCUGAUACUCCACCUCCUGCAUAUAUGCCCCCUGAUGAUCAAAUGGGGCAGGAUAAUUCUCAGUCUAUGGACACAAGCAAUACAAUGAUCCCUCAAAUCAUGCCAAAUAUAUCUACCAGAGAUGUCCAACCUGUUGCCUAUGAAGAACCCAAACACUGGUGUUCGAUUGUGUAUUAUGAAUUAAAUAAUCGUGUUGGGGAAGCUUUUCAUGCAUCUUCUACAAGUGUCUUAGUAGAUGGGUUUACAGAUCCCUCCAAUAACAAGAACAGGUUCUGCCUGGGAUUGCUCUCCAAUGUUAAUCGCAACUCAACGAUUGAGAACACUAGACGACAUAUUGGAAAAGGAGUUCAUCUCUACUACGUUGGUGGGGAAGUCUAUGCUGAGUGUUUAAGUGAUAGCAGCAUAUUUGUACAGAGCAGGAACUGCAACUACCACCAUGGCUUUCAUCCCACAACUGUAUGCAAGAUUCCCAGUGGAUGCAGUCUGAAAAUUUUCAACAAUCAGGAGUUUGCUCAGCUUUUAGCUCAGUCUGUCAACCAUGGAUUCGAAGCAGUAUAUGAGCUCACCAAAAUGUGCACCAUUCGCAUGAGUUUUGUCAAGGGCUGGGGAGCUGAAUAUCACCGACAAGAUGUCACGAGCACCCCGUGCUGGAUAGAAAUUCAUCUUCAUGGGCCCCUCCAGUGGCUGGAUAAAGUACUUACACAAAUGGGUUCUCCUCUUAAUCCCAUCUCAUCUGUUUCAUAGUGCUGAAAUUCUAUCUUCAGCCUUAUUUUUAGUGAACUUAUUCUAAUUCUAGAGAAACUUCCAGAGUGGAUACUGUGAGCUAUACGGAGAAUGGAUCUUACGGUUUAAUAUUUUUUUUAAAUCCCUUUGUGACCAAUACCAUUGUGUAUAGCUAAUCAGUUUUACAUUUCAAUUUGUUCUUGUGAUGCUAAAGUGACAGUUGAGCCCUAAGGGAAAAAAAGUCUAUUGAAAAAUUCAGAACACUUUUCCCCUCCUUCGAGUAGACCUUAAACAGGCAAAUGUCUUAACUGGAAAAUUUUCUUCUUUUUUGUCCAAUAGGGACAAGAAUCAUGAGGACUGACUUCAGAAAAUAAAUACAUAUCAUAGUUUGGGAUUUUUUUUAACGUUCAUGAAACUGUUUGAACAUGUGCAGCUCCAGCUUGCAAGCUGUAUUUUUAGCAUAGUUGUUUAACAUCUUUAGGUUGGCAACUGUCAUAAGCAAGAUUAGACUUUAUUACGGCUAAUUUGCCUCAGAUGGAACAAUGUGAUUUUUAAGUGUACACAUGAAAUCUACUUUUUACAAAUAUUGGAGUGGUGUAAAAACACUUGUAUUGUCUGUUGGAAAAUGCUGUCAUAAACACACUGUAUAUUAAUGCAGAAUAGCAGUUCUUAGCCUUUUCCCACUUCAGUUUUGUAAUAUUUCUGUUAACCACCGUUUUAAAUAGUAAUUGAUACAAGGUAAACAUCUUGCAUGUUUCUGGAGUAGUAACUCUUGUUUUGCUUUGAUUUACACUCAUGCCGUUUGGAUUUGGUUGCCAAGGCUAUUUUCUUUUUAGGUACCCUUCUCUAUUUUAACAUAAACACUACUAUUUGUAAAUGGCAGUGCUUUCUACUUUUUGGAAGGAAUAAGUUUUGUUUGUUUUCUUUUGGUUUUCUAUCUGUUUAUUUUACCUGUCUGGAAUUGAUCUGUGUUAGGCCUUUUGAAUCUCUCAGUAGACAUUAACGCAGUAUUAGUGAUUACACUGUAUUUAAUUCACUUUCUGUAUGAGUUUGAGUCUCUUGGAAGACUGUGAGUGGCUUAGCAAGUUAGUAACUGAAUGCAGAAGCUUUUACUUCAGAUCAUGCAAUUUAAUGCAGACUAGUGGGUAAUGACCAAAAGUAAUCACUUCUUUGUAGCCUACAUGAAACAGUGGUCUUGAUCCUGUCCCUGAUGCCAUGUGUUCAAUCAGAACUCUCAUAACUGUAGUUGGCAGCAUUAUGGGAUUGAAGGACUGCAUUGAUAUGAUGAUGAAAUUUCUCUCACACAUGUAAAGAAUCCUGUUGCCUGUGCUGUUGUAUUAUUUGAUAGAGAAUUUAAACACUGUACUAAACACUAAAAGAAAUCAUUUAAAUAGUGUAUGCAUAUUUUUCCCCUUUAAAUAAUAAAAAGGAGGCUGAAAGAAAUAUUCUAAGAGAAUUAGAAGUGAAAUAUAUACAAAUUUAUUUGCAUGCAGAAAAAGACCUAUUGUAUUUUUUAACUUUGCACCCUCCUUUUUCUUUCCCAAACACCUUUUCAGAAGAGAGUUCAGUGUUUGGGGGAGAGGCUGAAAACUCUAAAAUGCAAAUACUGAUUAAAAGAUGUGUUGCAGUUAAUGACUGCAAUCAUGAGACACUGAUUGCUUACACAAGUUCCUGUGUCUUCUAUUGAAUGACAGUUUCUGCUCAAAUAUGGAAAUCAUGCAUCAUAUGGUACCUAAGAAACAAAUGAUCAAAGGAAUAAAAUUGUUUACGUGUCAUUAAAAUGUUUUUUAUCAAAUGCCUUAAAGGAAUAAACUGUAACACUUCUGCAGAACCCUAAUGUUCCCUUGUACAGGAAUUUCUGUAUUUUGUGGUUUGGUUUUUUUAUUGUUUGGGGGGGAGGCAGGUUUUAAGCAGUUUCUCAAGUGCUUUUAAAAACAAACAGGUGCAUCUUCAGGAGAAGGGGAAUGUUGUUUGCCACUCACCUUUGGGGUCUUCUCUUUCAUCCUUUGGAACUGCAACCCACAGAUGGUUCUUUUGAUCGAGUAAGAUGCCAAGUCAGUUGGCCACAGGAUCAGGCUUCUCUUUUCUCCUUGGGCUUGACUUUUGUUGGAUUGCUGAAUAUGUAUAUUUGACACUACAGGAUUUUAUUUUUCUUGACUAGUUUUUAUCAUAAAUAUAAUGGCACAUUGAAUUAAGGAAAGAUCUCAGUUGUAGGUACAAGAUUUUCCUUUAUGCAAAAUGUUUUUCACCUGGCUUCAUCUCCAUUCACUUGUAUGUGUAGAUAUGACCAGCUAAAUGACUCAAGAAUGGGUGCUGAAGUGGGUGUUCAUGAGCCAGAGCUGGUGCUUAGUAUUGUGGUUAGAUUGGCUACCCAUGCACUGAACCAUAAUUUCUGCAAUAAUAUCCAGUUAACCCUCUUCUGAUGCUGUCAUUAAGUACUAAAGUACUCUGGUACUUUUCUGCUUGUGUACAUAUUCUUGAGCUGUACUAUAUGCAGUGCUGGGGAUAUCCUUGUGACUGCUGGUUUUGCCAGGGUGGGCUUGCAGGAGCAGACCCAGUGAGAUUUGUCUGUGUUCUACUUCUCUGUGCCUUUUAAGUAGGAGUUUUUGAGAGCUUUCUAGUUAGCGAAUUCUGUGUGCUGCUGGUUCAUGGUGUUCCUGAUCACGUUUAAUUCAUCUGUGCUGCUGGUUCAUGGUGUUCCUGAUCACGUUUAAUUCAUCUGUGCUGCUGAUGGACAAUUCAGAUAUGAAUGCAUGGAGGGAUUGGAUGGGAACUCUGGGCCUCUUACUAUGUUUUCAGUGUAGCCAUAGCAGACAGUGCUGCUUAUGUUUGUAGAAGUCACUUCUUGAUCUAGAUGGAGGGAUGGAGAAACUGAAUCAGCCAGUAAUGUGGUAGUGAAAGAUGGAACCUUCCCCAUAUAGACCAGCUUAGACUGAAUGUUACUCUUCAUUGAAAUCGUUUUGGCUUUUGUAGUAUAUUUUCUUCUUUUGGGGCAUCUUUCUACUUUGCACCAGCCACAGCAUUAGCUGACAGCUUUGGCAGUACCAGCAAAGAGCCUAGAGCAGGCAUACACUGAAGUUCUUGCUGGGUUUGCUUUUAUAGUCACUAAGGUAAGGUAGUAAGCUUGGGUAUUCCUCCCUGGAGGACUUCAGUCUUGCUGGCAGUCAAUCCAGUGCCUUGUGGAAGUAUUAACGGUCAUUUCAUUGCUUUAGGCAUGAAGUAGUUUGUCCAUGAAGGGAUGACAUUGGGGCAUAGUAUCUGUAGGACCAAAACAAAGCUUUCUAGGAUCACUGACAUAUCUAACAGAACAGCCUGUGAGUCAGACUAAUGAUGAAACAAACCCAUGUGGUUUGAUUCAGUAUCAAAUUGUUUAAAAUAUUGGAAUUAUUCUGAGGUUAGCUUGAAGCUGUGAUUUCCCCCCCACACACACAGUAUGACAGUGUGAAAGUUGUCAGUUCUUGGGCAGAUCCUCUUGCAGUGAAAGUCAAGAGAACAAUAAAAAGAAUCAGGCUUUCUCCCUAGUUUGAAAUAAUUUUUGUCAGGAUGUUGUUUUAGUUGCCCAAAGUGUUGCUAGUGUUUUUUAGGAGAAAAACAAUCAAACCAAACCAAAACAUUUUCUCAAUGUUUUGUUUCAAAAGAUAAAGGUGACUAACUUCUUCUUGUAGUUGUGAAGUUUCUGUUUAGGAAGGUAACCCAUUCUGAAUUCAAAUCAAUAGACCAAACCAUCAGAUUACAACAUAAUGUUGCUUUAUUGUGCUGCUCCAUAAAUCUGCUUCUGUGUUUGUUGCAAGCAUAACCUUUAUGCUUUUGUUUACAUUGUAGGAAACACAGUUCUAGCAACAAGGUUUUUUUCAUUUAUCUCUAAACAUCUUUUUAUUUUGUUAAUUUUUAAAUUACUAGGUUUUGCUAUGUUAUGUUUUUAAAGAUAUUUUUUGCAUACUGCUGCUCAUAUUUCAAUAAACAAAUCAAAAAACCCCA